UCCUCCUAAAUAUUGUUGGUCCAAAUUCUUUCCUUCUCCUAUAUUAUAUAUAUUAUCUCUCAUAAAUUUGCGCUUCCCUUUGGUUUUUUUCUCUAGUCUUUUGUUUCCUCAUCAAUAUUUUUCCUAAUUUUGGUCAUCUAUGUGCUUCUGAUUUACAAAUCCAUGUAUUGAUGUUAAUUAUAAUCAAGAUCAAUAGUAUUCAUGUCUCCAGUACUCAGUGAAGUCCUCCUUUCUGGGUUUAUGAUAAACUCAAGCCUCCGCCGUAGGACUCAUCUUGUUCAAUCCUUCUCUGUUGUCUUUCUUUAUUGGUUUUACGUUUUUUCAUAAAUUAGAUCAUCUUAAUAUAAUUAUUAUAUUCUUAAAUAUCUAGUUAAUUUGGAGCAACAUAUAAAACUUUUUUUUUUUUUUUUUUUUUGCUUUUGAUUGAGAUAUUGAAAUUUGAGGACUUCUAUUUUAAUUUGUACGUACCAAAUUAAUUAAGGCAAGCACAUAUUAUUAUUAUGGCUUCCUCUAGCACUACUGGGGCAUCUUCAGGGUCAAUGAACUCUGAUCAGGAGGAUCAGCAGCAGCUGCAACUGGUUGACCAGCGAAAGCGGAAGAGAAUGCUGUCCAAUAGGGAAUCGGCACGUAGGUCUCGGAUGAAAAAGCAGAAACACCUGGACGAUCUAGCGUCACAGGCCGGUCAGCUAAAGAAUGACAACGGCCAAAUCAUGACCAGCAUCAGCAUCACUACCCAACUUUUGGUCAAUUUUGAGGCUGAGAACUCUAUCCUCAGAGCUCAGAUGGGUGAGCUCACCAACAGAUUACAGUCCCUGAACGAGAUCAUAAACUGUAUUAGUUCAACCGCUAAUUGCCUUUAUGAUCAUGAGAUCGGGGAUGAUUAUGACACCCAGAUGAUAAUUAACGUCAAUGAUGUAAUGAUGAACCCAUGGAAUUCUCUUCUGAAUCAGCCAAUCAUCGCCUCUGCCCAUGAUCAGAUGUACAUGUACUGAUUAAUCCAUAAGGGAUCCAUCUUUUUAGAGCUUUUC